AUGGACGCCUUGUUCUUGACGUCGGCCGGCACCGACGGCCACCCUCUCGCUCAGCCCUUCUGGUCGUCCUCUCGCUCUAGCCUGCCCACCUUUGAUGCGCACCGACGAGGUACCGCUCGCGGCCGUUUACAGAACCCCGCGCUCAUAGACAGCAUCCGCCGCAGUGAGGGAAGCCGUGUCGGCCAAGAUACGUGUCGUUACAUGCAGGCUGCCGCGGCCAGCAGUCAGAAGGCGGUGCACCAGCUGCUGAGUCGCCUGCAGACGUACAGAAGCUUUAAACCCUUUCUCUCUCCCCCGGCGCCGUACAGGGACAACCUCUUCACGGAUGACCGCGGCUUUAGCAAUUUUCACGGGCCCUCGUACGGCAGAGGGUCCACUGCGACGGUAAGCAGGGACCAGCUCUGGCAGAUGGUGGACGGGAUCCUCGACACAUCGGUGGCGCAGCUGCUUCAACACAACGCUGAGGGCCACUUCAUCAUGACGCUGCAGUCGACGCUCGGGUUGGAGGCGCCGAUCUCAACGGCGAAGAGUGGCACCGUCAUCGAGAGCCGCAAAGCGGCGACGCCCGCGAUCAAGGGCGGGGCGACGGAGCUGGCAAGCGAGGAGCGCACGCCUGCCGGCGGCCCGCGCCAGCCGCUGCCGCCCGCCUUGCAGAAAACUGCCGUCAUGUCGUCCUUCGCACCAGCGAGCGCGUUGGCGGAUCGCUGGGCUUUGGACCACCCUUCUGCGACAGCUGCCGCGAUCGAAGAGCAGCACCAUGCGUGGGCCAAGUUUGAACAACAGCGGCAGCGCACAAGUCGUUGCUUCUACCUCCAGGCUAUGCAGGAGCAGCUGGAUGUUCUGCAGGCGGAGCAGGCGAGGGAUGCUGCUGACACGACGCACUCGCCCCCAAGCCGCGGCGACCGCUCACACCGCUACCUCGUGGAUAUGCAUAGCCCCAGCGACUCAGAGGACGCGGUGGCCAAAACCGAGGAGGAAAGGCAGCAGGCGCUGUGGCAUACCUUCCAUGAUGGCCCCGUGCUGGGGGUGGGGGCUUCCGAGUCGCUUCAUGAAACGGCACUGGGCGUCCCUGGGAUUGUGAGCGCCUACUUGGAGAGCACUGAUCUGCAAGACUGGCUACACUGCUCAUGGGCGCACCGCACGCACCGUCAUGAGAGCGCCGCUCUGCGUAUACAGUGCGCCUAUCGCGUGUACCGGGCACGGUGUAAGGUGCGCGAGAUGCGAUACGAACGGCGGCAGGCGUUUUUGGCUAGCCUCAGCGCCGAACGCAAGGCUCGACAGGUGUGGGACCUAGCGUUGCAGGUGCAGAAAGACACGACGACGACGACCAGUGGUACCGACAGCACAUUGCGGGCGCUGCAGUUUUUCAUCAACAAGGUGAAUGCCGUUGUGGCGAAGCACCGUGCACGCAAACAAUAUCAGCAGAGGCAGGAUGCUGAGAUAUGCAGGUACGCUGCUACACGCAUACAGGCCGUGUAUCGAGGGCACCGGACACGUGCCUUCGUCACCGAGCUGCGGCAUCCCGAGAUAGUGGCGCUUCGGAAGCACUUACAGCAGGAAAACUGUGCGAAGCUGAUCCAGACGUGCUGGCGACGCUACACCGCACAACGCCAGUGGUGGCGCGCACGGCAUGCGGCGUGUGUGCUGCAGAGUAUGUAUCGAUGCUACGCAGCGCGACGAAUGCUGGCGGAGCGGCGUUACCAACGAAGCCUGGAGGCGUCAGCGGAGCUGACGAAGUUCGCUGUGCAGCGCAUUGAACGGUGGUACGCAUCUUUCCUCGCCGCGCGUAACGCCAUCGGCCGCGCACAUGUGGCGGAGCUGCUCAUGCUGCAGCGGGUGUGUCGUGGCUAUCAGGGCAGGCAUGGCGUUCAAAAGGAGAGGCGGCUGUCGCGCUUCCGCUUCGCUGUGCGCACCAUCGAGCAGCGUCGCUGGCGCGUAAUGGAGGUUCGAGAGGCGAUUGAGAGGCGGGCGGCUCUGAGCGCAACCAACGCGGCCAAGCGUACUGCGUCCAUGCGUGACGAUGCGGCUGUUACGAUCCAACGCGCAUGGAGGCAACGGCGCGUGUUGCAUGUCUGCUAG